AUGAGAGCCUGCUCUAAAGAAAUAGCCUGGAUAUCGUUAUUUUGAUGUCAAUACUGAGAAACAUGUAGGAGAAAGUGCUUUACAAUCACACUAAAUUAAAAAAAAACAAUCACGUAUAAUAUAAGUAAAAUACAGUCACAUAAAAUAAGUCAUAAUCAAGUCAUAAUCGACUCGCUUGAACAGUUUAGUUGACUUAGUUCAGUUUCAUCGCAGCUAAUAUAAACCCUUUUUUCUUUAAAGUAUUAUGUAUUCCUUUCCUUUUCCAUUUUUUUAACAAUGUAGAGGCCUAAGAUAAAAAUAGUCACGUUGCAUUAUUGGCCCUCACUUCAAAAUUCUCGUACGUGACCUGAUCCUAAGACAUGUGAUAUCGAUCGACUGUCAUAUUAUAUAGUGUUGCGUAAACUGUCUGUACACUUCCAGUGAAGCUCCAUAUCAUUCACCUCUUUUGAACUCAGGGCCAAAAGCUUUAUUGUAAAGAAAUAAGGAGAGAUAUUCAUUAGAUUGAUCAAGAUGGUUUACGUGGUUGGUGUAGUGGGUAUCGUGCUGUUUUAUCUCAUUAUUCUUGGUCUUGGAAUCUGGGCUUCUAGAAGGAGGAAAGAGGGCGAAGAAGAAACCAUACUAGCUGGUCGUAAUAUUGGAGUUUUUCUAGGAAGCUUUACUCUGACGGCGACAUGGGUUGGCGGAGGAUACAUCAAUGGUACUGCUGAAGCUGUCUACGACAAGGGCUUGGUAUCAGCUCAAGCGCCAUGGGGAUAUGCCACCAGCCUUGCAAUUGGUGGCCUGUUCUUCGCUAAAAUCAUGCGAAAGAGAAAGUACGUGACAAUGAUUGAUCCUUUCCAAGAACGAUACGGGAAGCAUAUCGGUAGUAUCAUGUACUUUCCAGCUCUAAUGGGAGAGAUCUUCUGGAGCGCAGCCAUCUUGUCUGCUCUUGGUGCAACAGUCAGUGUUGUCAUUGGGCUGGGUAAAACAUUGUCAAUCAUUGUGUCAUCGUGCAUCGCAGUUUGUUACACUCUAAUUGGAGGGCUUUACUCGGUUGCUUACACUGACGUCAUUCAGCUGAUUUGCAUCUUUGUUGGUUUGUGGCUAAGUAUUCCCUUUGCGUUGAGUCAUGAUGCUGUCACCAACAUCGAAAUUACAGCUCCAAAGUGGUUGGGAGAGUGGCCCGUCAACUAUGGCUACUGGAUUGACCACGCCUUUCUCUUGGUAUUUGGUGGUGUACCGUGGCAGGUGUACUUCCAAAGAGUUUUAGCCUGUAAAAACGAAAAAGUAGCUCAGAUCCUUUCGUUUGCUGGAGCCUUCGGCUGUGUUAUCAUGACCAUCCCUGCUGUGUUGAUUGGUGCUGCAGGAGCCUCGGCAGAUUGGACUCAAACGGGUUUCUAUCCUGAAGGUUUACGUAAUAUGACCAACGCCACCUUGACCCCACCAGAUGGUCUGUUGAUUCUGCCUUUGGUACUUCGUUAUCUCACACCAAACUACAUUGCUUUCUUUGGUCUUGGUGCCAUMUCUGCAGCUGUCAUGUCAUCUACUGAUUCCAGUAUCCUCUCAGCUAGUAGUAUGUUUACACACAACAUCUAUAAGACUCUCUUCAGRAAGAAUGCGUCCGCACGGGAAUUACUGUGGGUCAUCAGGAUAUCCAUAAUUGUCGUGGGCGCUUUGGCAACUCUAAUGGGCCUGACUGUUAACUCCGUGUAUUCCUUGUUCGCUUUGUGUAGCGAUCUGGUGUUCGUCAUCUUGUUCCCGCAGCUUGUGUCCGUCAUCUACGUUCCUUUCAGCAACACAUACGGAUCUCUGUCUGGUUACCUGAUUGGUCUAGUGCUCAGGGUGAUUGGGGGUGAAGAGCUUAUCGGUCUCCCUGCAAUGGUGAAGUAUCCGUACUACUCGCACGUAUAUGGCCAGAUGUUCCCAUUCCGCACCCUUGCCAUGGUUUGCUCUUUUCUAACCAUCCUAUUGGUAUCUUACAUAGCGGAAUUUCUCUUUAAAAAGGGCUACAUUUCCAUGGAGAAAGAUUUCCUGCAUUGCUUCGAAAGCUACGAUUUUGAGAAAGAAGGUGUAAAGAAUAAUAACGAAAAUCCUCAUGAAAAGGUCCCUUUAGCUGCCCUGAACCCAGGAAAGCGAACCGAAGUUAAUGUUGCAUAAGUCAGUCUCUGUACUGUAAUUAAUUCAUGCAUUUGUUUUGUAAUUGUAAUUGAUUUAUACGCCGCAUUCUUGAUUUAUAUUAGUUCCUUAAAGGCUGAUUUACACGGCACGAUUGUCUCGUGCGAUUUGUAGUAUACGACUUGAAUCGUGCAGUGUAAAUGCCCCUACGACUUGUCUACAACAGUCGUACGCAACCUACGACUUGUAGUAGGAUUUUGAAACACUGCUUAAAAUCCUACGACUUGUAGUAGGAAAAUCGUAUACUACAAGUCGCGCGCGACAAAUCGUACCGUGUAAAUCAGCCUU